UUGAUAAGAUCUUUGGACUUUGAAAAGGACUAAAAAAAAAUUUAUUUUCCAUCAAAAGGAGUAGAACAGUGAAAUUGUAGUUGACAAAAAUGUCUGUUGGCUGAAUAAAAAACUUGUUAAAUUAGAAUUUUUUUGAGACAAGUAGAAACAAAAAAUAUCUUAAGUUAUGAAAAGUGAUUAACCUUUAAAGUAUAGAUAAGUGAGUGUGUGGCAAUUUAAGAGUGGGUUAAUUAAAAGUGGUCGUGCGCUGGAUGAAAUUCGAAAAUUAUGUCUUUUAUGUAGUCCUUAAUUUGGACUGAUAAUAUACAGACCUAGAGUGCUGCGUCGCCAAAGAAAACGACGUCGCCUUGGCGAUGUCACCAAUAGGACAAAUUGCAAAGACUCCUACUCCAAGAGACGUACCCGGUGAUCCAGAACAACGUGAAACAUGGGGAGGAAAAGUCGAUUUUUUAUUAUCGGUUAUUGGAUUCGCUGUCGAUUUAGCAAACGUUUGGAGAUUUCCUUAUUUGUGUUACAAAAAUGGAGGUGGCGCAUUUCUGGUACCGUAUUGCAUUAUGUUAUUAGUUGGUGGUAUUCCCCUAUUUUAUAUGGAAUUAGCUCUCGGUCAACAUAAUAGAAAAGGUGCAAUCACAUGUUGGGGUAGACUUGUUCCACUUUUUAAAGGAAUUGGAUAUGCUGUUGUUUUAAUUGCAUUUUAUGUUGACUUCUAUUACAAUGUCAUUAUUGCUUGGUCCUUACGAUUUUUCUUUGCUUCAUUUACGGAAAACUUACCAUGGACAACGUGUAAGAAUCCUUGGAAUACAGAAAACUGCAGACCGUUUGAAGUUGUUCAACCGGUAACGCCAUCAUACAAUGCCAGCUUGGAUCCUUUUAAUCAAACACUAUUCAACAACGACACAACAGUAGCUCCAAUCGAAAAGUUCCAGUCCGCUGCAUCGGAAUAUUUUAACCGAUAUAUUUUAGAACUUAACGAAAGUAAUGGAAUCCAUGAUCUUGGAGUCAUCAAAUGGGAUAUGGCUGCUUGUCUGCUAGUUGUCUAUUUCAUUUGCUAUUUCUCAUUAUGGAAAGGCAUUAGUACCUCGGGGAAGGUAGUCUGGUUUACGGCUUUAUUUCCCUACGCUGUACUUCUUAUCCUCUUGAUUCGUGGUAUUACUUUGCCAGGAUCAGCAAUGGGAAUACAAUAUUAUUUAAAUCCUAAUUUCGAUGCAAUUUAUAAAGCUGAAGUUUGGGUUGAUGCUGCCACACAAGUGUUCUUUUCAUUAGGACCUGGUUUUGGAGUUUUGUUAGCUUAUGCUUCUUAUAAUAAAUAUCACAAUAAUGUUUAUAAAGAUGCACUUUUGACAAGUUUUAUCAAUUCAGCAACAAGUUUUAUUGCGGGUUUUGUGAUAUUUUCCGUUCUUGGUUAUAUGGCCCAUUCAUCGGGACAAAAUAUUGAAGAUGUGGCAACUGAAGGUCCUGGAUUGGUUUUUGUUGUUUAUCCAGCUGCUAUAGCCACAAUGCCGGGGAGUACAUUUUGGGCGUUGAUAUUUUUUAUGAUGUUGCUCACGUUGGGAUUGGAUAGUUCGUUCGGUGGAUCAGAAGCAAUUAUCACAGCUCUAAGCGAUGAGUUUCCAAAAAUCGGAAGAAAUCGUGAAAUCUUUGUAGCUGGCUUGUUUUCUCUUUAUUUUGUUGUCGGAUUAGCAAGCUGUACUCAAGGAGGCUUCUAUUUUUUUCAACUUCUUGAUCGAUAUGCAGCUGGUUACUCCAUAUUAAUAGCAGUAUUUUUUGAAGCCAUUGCAGUUUCAUGGAUUUAUGGAACGAAUCGUUUUUGUGAAGACAUUCGUGAUAUGAUCGGAUUCGCUCCAGGAACUUAUUGGCGAGUUUGUUGGAGAUUUGUGGCUCCUUUAUUUCUUCUUUUCAUCACAGUUUAUGGUCUAAUUGGCUAUGAACCUUUAAGUUAUGAAAAUUACACUUAUCCUGGAUGGGCAAAUGCCUUAGGAUGGUGUAUAGCUGGAUCAUCGGUGAUAAUGAUUCCUGCUGUGGCUUUGUUUAAACUUAUCACUACACCAGGAACUAUUACACAGCGUUUUCGAAUUCUCACUACUCCAUGGCGGGACCAUCAAAUUGCCAUCAAUGGUGUCACCGUAGAAAGAACGCAAGUUCGUCUAACAGCCUCUAAAGACGGUGUAGAAGUUUGAGAUCGACCAUUUGCUCGAUUUCAAGUAUACUAUGUAUAAAAAAAAUCAUAUUUUAAAAUUAAAAACAAUCAAGUUAUUAAAAAAAAUUAAUAAACAUAAAUAAAAAAAUAUAUAUAUUUAGGUUCGCAAUUAGGUUUCGUUAAACAAGGACAAAUACUUGUUAUCCAAAAAUAUAUGUGUUAUAGAAAAAAAAAGAAAAGUUUGUAGUUCAAAAUUAUACCAAAAUAUGUAAUUAAAUAAAUAAAUCGUAAAAAAUGAUAAACUAAAAAAAAAAUACACUUAUACACUAGAUGCAAUAUAUAAUUAAAUAAAAGUUUUACAAUUACCACAAAAAAAAAAACAUAGAAAAUUAAAUUAAGGUUAUAAAUUAUUAUGAUCAUUAUUAUAAAAAUAUUAAAAUUAUACAUUUAUAAUGAAAAAAAAAUGCUGUGUAGAUAAUAUAGAAAAGAACCAAUCGUAUUAAAUUAGUCAUAAAAAUGCUUCAAAAAUCUUACAAAAAAUAAAGGAUAUGCUCAAAAAAACAAAAAAAAAAAAAAAUAAUACUCGUACCUACCAAUACCUUUC